AUGGCCUCCACCUCCACGAUCCAGCCGCGAUGCAGCCUUCACCACGCCACGAGCUCACGGCGUCCCAAACCGUGCCGCGCGCGCGUCGCGGUCGUGGCUGCCGCCACGGUUAGGGCGGCGGCGACGGCGGUGGCGACGGCCGCCGCCGAGAGGGCGUGCGCGCCGGCCGCCUCGGUGGCGAGAGCGAGCACGGGGAGGACGGCGUCGAUCGCAAGCAUGUGGAGGCAGGUCCAGGGUUCGCACGACUGGGACGGCCUUCUCCAGCCGCUGCACCCCGUGGUGCGCGACGAGGUGGCGCGGUACGGCGAGCUCGUCGGCGCCUGCUACAAGGUGCUGGACAUGGACCCGUCGUCGGCGCGGCACAUGUGCUGCAAGUACGGCAAGGAGAGCGUGCUCGAGGAGGCCGGCGUGGCCGGGGCGGGGUACGAGGUGACGCGGUACAUCUACGCCACGCCCGACGUGGCCGGGCCGCCGUCCACCAGCGGCCGCUCCAGCUGGGUCGGGUACGUCGCCGUGUCCACCGACGAGAUGACCCGGCGGCUCGGCCGGCGCGACGUGCUCGUCUCCCUGCGCGGCACGGUGACGCAGGCGGAGUGGGCGGCCAACCUCAUGAGCGCGCUCGAGCCGGCGCGCCUCGACGCGCGCGGCGCGCACCCGGACGUCAAGGUCGAGUCGGGCUUCCUGAACCUCUACACCUCCUCCGCCGAAUCCGCCGGCGGCAUGGGGAGCUGCCGGCACCAGCUCCUCCGCGAGGUGUCCCGCCUCGUCACGUCUCUCUCCAGGGACCACCCCCGCGAGGACAUGAGCGUCACGCUGGCCGGGCACAGCAUGGGCAGCGCCCUCGCUACGCUGCUCGGCUACGACCUCGCGGAGCUCGGCCUCAACCGCGACGCGUCCGGGCGCCGCGUGCCCGUCACCGUGUUCUCCUUCGGCGGGCCGAGGGUCGGCAACGCGGCCUUCAAGGACCGCUGCGACGAGCUCGGCGUGAAGGUGCUGCGUGUGGCCAACGUCCGCGACCCGGUCACCAUGCUCCCGGGCGCCCUCCUCAACGAGGGCACGAGGGGGCUCCUCGCCGCCUGGGGGGGCGACCGGUACACGCACGUCGGCGUGGAGCUGGCCCUCGACUUCCUCAGGCUCCGCGACCCGGGGAGCGUGCAUGACCUCGGCACGUACGUGUCGUCGAUCAAGGCCGAAACCUGCGGCAAGGCGCCGAAUGCGGCGGCGGACGGCCGCGGCGGCGUUCUCGCCAAGGCGGUGGAGUUCGUCGAGGGCCAGCGCGCCGCCGCGUCCGCGUGGAAGGAGGCAGCCCUGCAGAUGGGCGGCCUGGUGCAGACUCUCGGCUUGAUCUGA